GCUGGGCCUGGGCCGCGCGCGGUUGUGGGAAAAAGCGGGCUUAUCUGGCCCGCGGAGGACUCGACUCGCUGGUGCGGGCUCUCAGUCCCGAGCGUCCGGCCCGAAGUCGGCUUUCUCUACGCCGGGAGCGGGAAGCUGGCUGGGCUGCGUGCGUCCCCAGGUCUGGAUCGCUGUCAACGUUACAUCGAGGCGCAUUAGGGAGAGUUCAACUGAAAGAAAAGCAAAGACCUCUAAGAAGUCAUUCAGAAACAUCUUUAAAUAUUUGUAACUGUGUAUAAGCAGCUAAAGAGAUAUUGACCCAAACGAAGCUGCUUGAAUAAGGGAGACAGGUUUGUUAUGUUCCUGUCAUCAGUCCUAUUCAGAAGCUGAGGAGACUUCCUUCGAAGUGGAGGAUUGUGUGAGGAUGACCUUUCAAUUUAAUUUCACUAUAGAGGACCACCUGGAAGAUGAAUCAACACCCCUUGGAGAUGGAGCUUUGACCCCGAAUUCCUCAAAAGAGUCUUCAGAAAGUCAAAAUGGUAAACACGGGGACACAGGCUGUUCUAGAGAACAGUGUGACCUCCCUGCGGACCCCUUGUGGGCACGGGAGCCGGAGGGAAAUGCAGCUCACCCUCAGGACACAGACAGCUCCGUCAAUGCAACCAGCCGGUCAGGUAACUUGGAGCCUCAUGGAAAACAGCCCGGCUUGAGACCUGCGAAAGAGCAUGCUGUGCCUAAGGAUGUAAAGGAAGUGAUGGAAAAUAAAGUCCUAGAAACGUUACCAGGCCUUCAGCAGGUUAACAUGCAGGUUGUGAAAACCAUCUUGUUGAAAGAGAACUUUCCCGGGGAAAACAUAGUUUCAAAAAGCUUUUCCUCUCACUCUGAUCUGAUUACAGGUGUUUACGAAGGAGGCUUAAAAAUCUGGGAAUGUACCUUUGACCUCCUGGCUUAUUUCACAAAGGCCCCAGUGAAAUUUGCUGGGAAAAAAGUGUUGGAUCUUGGCUGUGGAUCGGGGCUGCUGGGUAUAACUGCACUCAAGGGAGGGGCCAAAGAAGUCCAUUUUCAAGAUUAUAACAGUAUGGUGAUUGAUGAAGUAACCUUACCUAACGUAGCCGCUAACUCCACUCUGGAGGAUGAGGCAUAUGAUGGAGACGAACCAGAUUUGAAAAGAUGCAGGAAAUCAAAAGUAGCACAAGAACUGUGUAAAUGCCGGUUCUUUUCUGGAGAGUGGUCUGAGUUUUGUAAGCUUGUACUAACCAGUGAAAAAGUCUUUGAAAAAUAUGAUCUCAUUCUCACCUCAGAAACCAUUUACAACCCAGAUUAUUAUGAUUCUUUGCACCAAACAUUCCUUAGGCUGUUAGAUAAAAAUGGGCAGGUGCUUUUGGCGAGCAAAGCACAUUAUUUUGGUGUAGGUGGAGGUAUCCACCUCUUUCAGAAGUUUGUAGAAGAAAGGAAUGUAUUUGAGACUAGAACACUUGAAAUAAUUGAUGAAGGACUAAAAAGAUUCCUCAUUGGAAUGACUUUUAAGUACCCUAGUUAA